CAUCUUGCACCUUUUUUUGUGUGUGUGUACGUGUGAACUCAUCUACCUCAAAGGACCGAACCUCCUGCAAAAGGCAGAGAACAGGUGUGGUGUGGAGGAAAUUUGCAACCCAAAGAAAACUCUUUUUUUUUAAAAGGAAAAAUCCCACAAAACAAGCAACUUCCAAAUUAAACCUUGCAAGAAUAACACCAAACUAAAAACCAAAGGAGGACUUUUUUUUUCCUUUUCAAGAGGAGGGAAUUUUAACUCAGGGAAAAGAAACCCUCACAUCGUCUCCAAAACAUGAAAACAUGCUUGUGUCAGGUCUUAGUGGUGCUGCUGAGUCUGUGUGAGGCCCUGUGGGCAGCACCGGGCCCCCGUCCAAAGCCUACAGACUUCCGAGCCGAAUUCGAUUCCAUUGUCCAUAUGGCGAGGAACCUGCUGAGUGACACCAAGAACCUCUUCAACCACUUUAAAAACCGCUACCCAGCAGAAGGAGAACACAAGCUAGAAACGCUGCCUGUGUUGUCCAUGACUGCGGUGGAACUUGCCAACAUCCAGGUCUCUGUGGGUCUGGCUCGGCUCAGUUCUGACUUGCAGUGCUACCAACGCCACUUUGAGUGGCUGCGGAGGGCAGCCCCGCUGCUGCUGCGGCCCAUGGAGCAUGACAUCACCACAGUGCACAGCCGGCUGGAACGCCUCCUCAAAAGACUGGAGCACCUGAUGACCAAGCUCAGCCUCUCGCGACCCAACGACCCUCUGCCAACCCUGCCAGCCCACGGCACCCACUGGUCUGUGGUUCAGGCAGGACACGCCAUCGUCCACUCAUUUCACCUCUACCUGGACUGGGCAUCUCGCGUGCUGGUUCUGAUCCGGAACAAGCUGUGAACGGCAAAGAAACUGAACCACCACGGGUAUUUUGGAAAGCCUUCUCACGGACCUGGAACUCUUAGAUGCUGCUUCAGCAAUACCGGUGGAGGAGGGUGCAAGGAAGGAAAGAAAGUCUAUGAAACAGGGCGCCCCCGGAUUCCUCUUCUGGGGGGUGCUGCAAGGGGGGGUGCCGAGACCUAUGGCCCACUCACACACCCUUC